AUGACUUCGUCAUCAACAAAGAAAACGUUUUCAUUAUUAUCAUGUGAUUGGAUAGGUUUUGAUUUAGACCAUACAUUAAUCCGUUAUCGUUUACCUGACCUUCAUGCAUUAAUUUAUGAAUCAAUGCGUCAAUAUCUUACUGAAACCUAUGAAUAUAAUUCUCGUCUACUUCCACUUUCCUACGAUAAUUAUUUUAGUGUUAAAGGAUUAAUUUAUGAUAGUUUUUAUGGAAAUUUAAUUCAAUUAAAUUCAAAUGGAUUUGUUAAUACUGCAUUACAUGGUGUUCAUAGACGGUUAACAACUGAAGAAACAAAAGAAAUUUAUUCAAAUACAUUAAAAGAUAUUGAAGAAGAUACUAGUGAACGUUUUUUAUGUAUGUUUACUUAUUUUGAUCAUGGUAUAUCAUAUUUAAUUGCGAAUAUUGUGGAUUUAAUCGAUCAAGAAAAUUUAUAUGAAAAUUCUUCAGAAAAUCAAAUUGAUUUAGAAAAUAAAUAUAAGUUUUUUUUAAUACAUCUUAAGAAGGGAUCUGAACAUUUAUAUUAUGAUUUUAAUCGAGGCAAUUAUUUUGCAUCAUUACGUUCAAAUCCCGAUAAAUAUAUUUAUCGGCGUUUAGAUGUUCGACAAUGGUUAGAAAAAUUAAAAAAAUUAAAUAAAAAAUUAUUUUUAGCAACAAAUUCAAGUUUUAACAAUACAGAUUUAUUAGCAACAUACGCAUUGGGUGAUGAUUGGAAAGAUUUAUUUGAUUUUAUUAUUGUUGUUUCUAAAAAACCUUCAUUUUUUCUUAAUACAAAAAAACGAUCAUUUCAUCGAUUUAUUGAUGAAAAUAAUAUGAUACCAGUUACUAAUGAAGAAAUAAUUCAAAAUUUUAAUAAAAAUUAUAUUUAUUCAUUAGGUAAUAGUGAAGAUUUACAUUAUAUUAUGAGUCAAAUAAGUAAUAAAGAUCCUGUAGUUAUUUAUUUUGGUGAUCAUAUUAAAGCAGAUAUAAAUGCAUUAAAACGUUAUACCAAUUGGAUAGCGGGAGUUGUUCUUGAAGAACUUGAAUUUGAUUCACCUCCAACAGUUAUUCAUACAACUAUUCAUCAUUCAUCAACCAAUGAUCAAUCUUAUAUUAAAGGAAAUCAAUCAAAAUAUUUUCCUAGUUUUUUUAUUUCUCCAACUGAUUCGAUUAUUUUUGAUUAUAAUAAUAAUAUAAAUGAAACACAAUCUGAGCAAACAGAACCUGAUGCUAUAUUACCUUCUUUAUCGUCUUAUUGGUAUGCUUAUAUAACAAAACAUGCACAUUUAAGUUUAAGUUGUUUAAGUAUAUUAUCAAAUCAUUUUGAUCUAGAUCAUCAGUUUGAAUAUGAUCAAAAGUCUGAACAUUUUGUAAUAAUGCAUAAAAAUGAAUAA